GAACGGUGUACGCACGAUAAGGCCACGAGAGAACAUCGGUUGGAUUAUUUUUAGCAACAGAUUUGAGUAAACAGCACAAAAAUAGCGAAUCGAUAAGAGAUGCCAGCUGUAUUGUGUAAGCGUUUCCCUAUCAGCUUUCAUCGCAGGUGUCCCACUUUAACGUUAGCUUAAUAUAAAAAGAACAAACACUGCUUCAAAUGUGAUUACAAACACGCAAUUUGCGCUGGUGUCUGCGCCCCAAUGUUGUCAUUUCGCUAGCAACUGUCAAACGUCCGGCGAGCCCCGGGCGCCAUGUGCGAACCCGGCAGGUUUAUAUUGCUUUUGACUUUGAUAUAAAUAUGUGGUGACCGAGAGAAAUGUUAUUUAUAUUGUACAGAGCCUGAUAAGUGUGCGUGUUUUCUUCGUCAACGCCGGUUUUCCACUGUAUCAGUACCACCAAACUUACCUCAAGCAUCAUGACUACCUACUUCAACUACCCAUCGAAGGAACUGCAGGAGGAGCUGGCCCGCAUCGCCAAGCAGAUUGUUGCCCCCGGUAAGGGUAUUUUGGCCGCCGACGAGUCCACGGCGACCUGUGGCAAGCGUUUCGCUGACAUCGGCGUUGAGAACAACGAAGACAACCGUCGCCAGUACCGCCAGCUGCUGUUCACCGCUGACGACCGCCUGCAGGAACACAUCUCCGGUGUGAUCCUGUUCCACGAGACGCUCUACCAGAAGGGCGACAAUGGUACGCCGUUGGCCGCGCUGCUGAAGAGCAAGGGCAUUCUGGCCGGUAUCAAGGUCGACAAGGGUGUCGUCGAUCUGAUGGGCUCGGAAGGCGAAUGCACUACUCAGGGUCUGGAUGAUCUCGCGGCCCGUUGCGCGCAGUACAAGAAGGACGGUUGCGACUUCGCCAAGUGGCGUUGCGUGCUGAAGAUCGGCAAGAACACCCCGAGCUACCAGGCCAUCCUGGAGAACGCCAACGUGCUGGCUCGCUACGCUUCCAUCUGCCAGUCGCAGCGUAUCGUCCCGAUCGUUGAGCCCGAGAUCCUUCCCGACGGUGACCACGAUCUGGAACGCUGCCAGAAGGUUACCGAGACGGUGCUGGCCGCCGUGUACAAGGCACUGAACGACCAUCACGUCUACCUGGAGGGUACGCUGCUGAAGCCGAACAUGGUGACCGCCGGUCAGAGCUGCGCGAAGAAGCCGACCGCCCAGGAGAUCGCUCUCGCCACCGUGACGGCUCUGCGCCGUACCGUGCCGGCGGCCGUGCCCGGCGUUACCUUCCUGUCGGGCGGUCAGUCCGAGGAGGAGGCGUCGGUGAACCUGAGCGCCAUCAACCAGGUGCCGCUGCUGAGACCGUGGGCCCUGACCUUCUCGUACGGUCGUGCCCUGCAGGCCUCGGUGCUCCGUGCCUGGGGUGGCAAGAAGGAGAACCUCAAGGCCGCCCAGGAGGAGCUCAUCAAGCGCGCAAAGGCAAACGGAUUGGCUGCACAGGCAAAGUAUGUUCCCGGUUCGAUUCCCUCGUACGCCGCUAACGCUAGCUUGUUCGUGAAGUCUCACGCCUACUAGAAGGGUCCUGCCUGGUCCUGCUCGUCGUUCGCGCGUCCUCCUCCAGCCACUACCUUUCAACCGGAGGGUGACAAACGACGAAGUGAAGGACUACUACUAGAGACAAACGGAGAGAGAACGAGGGACUCAAUAUUAUAGCAUGAACCGUACGGCCGGGACACACACACUUUUGUCGUUCUCAAUUUUACAAAUGAUGGAUCCCUGUUGCACCGGAGAAGCUGCUGGAUCCACUUCCUUACUGCGUUGCGAUUUACACACACACAACUACACUACACUACCACGCUCACAGGGCGGACACCAAAAUUGUUGAAUGUUUUGUUUUUCCUUUAAUAAUGUUUUAUAACACAUUUUAAAUGUUACCCUUGAUAUGAUUCUCGUUUGUUAUGUUAUAAAAGCAGCGGGUGUGUUUUACUGUUCUCACAAAGUGAUUAACGUAAACUUUCGACGAUACACAAACGCACACACACAAGCACACACACCCACAUUGAUUGUUCCUAAUCUCUCUGUGUCAAUAUUUUAAAUCAGUAUCAGAAGUAUGUGCAAUGUUUUGAAUCGGAAGCGGCACAACAUACACAACCACCACCACCAGCGCACAACAGGGGUUUGGGAUUGGGUUAAAUGAAUCAAUUGUAGCAACAACAACAACAACAAAGUGACACCCUGCACAAUUGAUUCGGACCCACCCCCCCAGCCCCCCGUAAAGCCUGUAGCCUGGUGUGUGGCUGUGUGUACGUAUGCUCACUCAGGAAAGUUAGCCUCCCCGUGGUGAGGUCCCCAUGCUGUGUGCGCCUAAGCCUAUUACUAACGCGAAAAAAGGAAAAGCAGAAAUAUAAAUUGAUCAAUACUGAAUGCCCCCAAAAAAAAAAAAAAAAACAAGCCCCCCGCACCGAAUAAAAUCGAUCCACAAAAGUCGGGGAAAAGAAUUGGCGCGCACAGCAGGUAGAGUCUUGAGAGGAGUUACAGACCCGCAACAUAGGAGAGAGCGAGAGAGAGAGAGAGAGAGAGAGAGAGAGAGAGAGAGAGAGAGAGAGAGAGAGAGAGAGUUAUUGGAAAGCUAAAACAACCUGUGUAUAUGAAAAAUAAAUCCGUUUGCUGCUGCAGAAUGCCUUAAAACAAA